AUGACCCAAGCCAUCUUCGGGGGCGGGAGUAACUACGGGGGCGGAGGAGGUGACCACGGAGGAGGUGGCCACGGUGGAGGCGGUGGCGGAGGCGUCGGCUACUCCGGGGGGUUCAGCCACACCCCCGGCCGCAGCCCCGGGAAGGGCUACAGCACGGACGGCUUCGAGGGCUUCGGCCCUCUGGACAACUCCUACACAGAUGACUUCGCAGCUGUUCAUAGCGGAGGCGGUCUAUUCGACGGCUUUAAAGACGACUGGUCAGACGGUGAUUUUGAAGGCCUGGGAUCCGAUAAGAAGGAAUCAGUUGCAGGAGAUGGACAAGGAUCAUCAUCUCGAAGACGGCGACCAGGCACAUCCCGCCACAGAAUGAGACCCAACAGGAGCAGAACGCGGAAAGGCGAAGGGGACCAAAACAACGACGAGGUUACGCAAGAAGAAACAAGAAACACCGAAAAUACGAAUUCAGAUAGAGUUGUGGCUCAUCGACAUGGUUUGGAGAACACUAACGUAGAACCUCCCGUAGAAAAGGACGAAAAGCAGGGCGAUCUUCCGGACGCGAGUGUACUUUUUGGCCUCACAGAACGCUACUACGCUCGUGCGCAUUAGGUCACAUUGCGUGAUUGAUGUUCGUUGUAUAUGCACGCUGGAAGGAGUUGCUAUGAUUUAACAGCAGACGAAGACACAAAGGAGCAGUCCAUUGCGUGUUUGACGCCCGGGUAUAAUUUGCCACCCCCCACAAAAAGCCAACAUAUUUAAGAAAACCUUUGAAAUCGUAUAAUAAAUUAACAAUU